AUGGGGGACGACAAAGUCCGGACAGUCCUGCAAAGCCAAACGUGCAUCAGGCAAUGGCGAGUUUGGUGCCGCCACGAUGUCCGUAAGCUUGGAGGACGCAAGCCCAAGGUCGCUGAUCCAGCUCGCAAACCUCGCGCCCCAGCUAAGGACGCCCAAAACGACUCUGGUGAAGACCUCGAAGCCCCGCCUUUCGACCUACCUCGCCAGGCGCUGAUGGAUGUUGAAGCUCCAGCACCUCCACGUCGCCUCGGGAAGAGCAAGGGGGAAAGUCGUUGUUUCAGCAGCACCCUAUGCUAUUUCAGCGACGAUGCCUGA